CUUUGAAUUAAAUAGGAAAAAAAAUGAACGUCGUGAGUGAGAUAUGAGAAAAGAGAGAGAGAGAGAGUCAAUAGAGACCACGCGCAGAGAAAAUAAGAGAAAAGAAAAGAAGAAAGGGUCCUUCGUCUUUGUCUUCUUCUUCGUCUCCUCCCUCUCCUUUUUCUCUCCAUUAUCUUCGGGGAAUAAUCUAGGGUUUUGAUUUCUCUCUCAACCCUAGGUUUCUUCGAUCGUGUUCAUCAGCCUUCAAUAUCUCCCUUAGCUCAUCAUCCGAUUCAUCUCGAUUUCCAUGGAGGGAGCAGGAGAUGCGACAACAGCUGAGGGACAUCUGACCUCAGCAGCAGCUUUUGUGGAAGGAGGAAUCCAAGAUCCUUGUGAUGACGCCUGUAGCAUUUGCCUUGAAGUCUUCUGCGAAAGCGAUCCAUCAACUUUGACUAGUUGCAAGCAUGAGUAUCAUCUUCAAUGCAUCCUUGAGUGGUGUCAGAGGAGUUCACAGUGCCCAAUGUGUUGGCAAUCAAUCAGUCUUAAAGACCCCACAAGCCAGGAGUUGCUUGAGGCUGUAGUACAGGAGAGGAAUUUCCGCUUCACUCCUUCUAGAAACGCCACCAUAUUUCGUCAUCCAACUCUUGGUGAUUUUGAAUUACAACAUCUCCCAGUGGGGGUUGAUAACGCAGAGAUUGAAGAACGAAUCAUUCAGCACUUGGCUGCUGCUGCUGCUAUGGGACGAGCAAGGCAUGGGGUAAGAAGGGAAGGCCACAGAAGCAGGUCGUCAAGUCAAGGUCAUCCACAGUUCAUGGUGUUCUCUUCGCAUCCUAAUGCUUCUCCUCCUCCACCUCACCCUCCCAUGCCUUCCUCUCCUUCUCAGAGAGAUGAGAGCGACACAGUCGCAAACCUUCCUCCCUCUCCCAACAAUUCUUUAGGGGAGGGUUCUCUUCAGUCGAACAUGCAGACACCAACUUCUUCUCAUCCCCGCCAGGUUUCUCCCUCGGCAUCUGAUUCAAACAGCAGGUCCCUGAAUCAAUCUUCCCCUAGUGAUCAAGAUAGAGCUGGACCAUCUGAACUCCAAUCAUUUUCAGAAUCUCUCAAGUCUCGACUAAACGCUGUCUCAACGAGAUACAAAGAAUCCAUAUCAAAGAACACGAGGAGCUGGAAAGAUAGAUUUUUUUCUCGCAACACGUCCAUGGCGGAUCUCGGCUCUGAGGUUAAAAGAGAGGUCACUGCUGGAAUCGCCACUGUGUCCCGCAUGAUGGAGCGUCUAGAAACGAGAGAAAACAGUAGACCCGGCACCGCAUCUGUAUCAAAUGGCUCAGAAAGUCACACUCCUGAAACGAACAAUGAGCACAAUAGUAGAUCAGAAGCGGGUGAUGAACAUUCUUUGAAUGAAAGAGGUGUUAAAGGAACAUGUGCGGCUGGUUCUGGUUCAAGCUAAUAAAACAAGUGCCAUCAUCUUGCUGGCAAAGAGACGGAAAGAUGAUGUUCGUUGUGAAAUCCUGAUAUAUAUAUAAUAUAUACAGAGUCAGAGCAGAUUCAAAAGUGUGGGAGCAUAGGAAGAGUUUCUGAUUCUCAAAUAAUAAAAGAAAGAUUAUAUGACCAAAAGGAGGCUUGCUUCAGAGAUGAGUCGCCUUCUUUUGUGUUGUGUUAUGUCAAAAAAAUACUAAAAAGUAAAAAAAGAGUAAAGACAGUUAUGCGUUGGUCGGUCGGUCUGUUGUAAAUUGACAUUGUCGUUCACAUUACGGAUCUCUUACCAGUUCUGUCUAAAUGCUAUUAUUAUGAUUGUUACUUUAUGUAUCUUCUUUAAGAACUUGGCCAAGUAAACCCAAAUUAAUGUAACGAAUACGUGUUUGUAUUGGAUAAAACGACAAAAAAAAUCAUGGUGCUUCUGAU